UUUUGCAACAUCCAUCAUAAUAUGCUUUACUCUACGCUGCUGCUUACGAAAAUCCGUCAAAACAUGCUGUCUUCAGUGUUUGUGUUUUGCUGAUUACCUUUUCAGAGUCAGGAGCAUCGCAUCACCCCACGGGCUGGAGCACUGGAUAUUUUCCCGUAGCAAACUUGCGAAUGUUUUGUCCACUCGUUUGGCUCUGCUCAGCUGGUAGCCUUCCUUCACCAAUGCCGCCAAUUCCUCUUCCUCCAACCCCGUGCGCUGCCGAUUCGACCCCACGCCCCGCCGGCGACGCUGUUCCUCACCGGAGCCGAAAGCCGAUAACGCGCCGCCAACGCUGCCGCAUCACCACCACGUCCUCUUCAUCCGCCUUGUACGCCGCCCGGGUCCUCAUCGCCGACGCCCCCACGCCCCGCGCAUUCUCCGCGCUUUUCAAGGCCGCCUCAUCCUCCUCCCCCUCCCCCUCCCCCUCCCCCCCUCCCAAUCCCUUGGUGCGCAGCUCCACGCGCAGGCCGUGGUGCGUGGCUUCUUGGGCGAUGUGGAUAACACCAUCCUCUCCACCGCCAUCCUCAACUUCUACGCCUCAUGCCGGGAGCCCGACCUCGCGCGGCGGGUGUUCGACAGAAUGGCACGCAGGAGCGCCGUCACCUGGAACGCGCUCAUCAAAGGGUACGCGCAGGCGGGCCGCCGGGACGAGGCGCUGGCGCUGUUCCGCUGCAUGAGGAGACAGGACGGUGUCGCCCCCGACAAGUACACGUUCCCGGCGCUGCUGUCCGGCAUCGGCAGGAAUCGUAGUGGCGGCUGCGUGCAAGAACUCGGGGCGGCCGUGCACGCGCAGGUCGUCAAAUCCGGGCUGGACAAGGAUCCGUUUGUGGGCGCUUCCCUACUUUCUAUGUACGCGGCUACAGGAGCACUGGAAGAUGUGAAAGCCGUCUUUGAUGAUAUGGAUACUUUGGACCCGGUUGUCUGGUCUUCUAUGAUCUCCGCGUAUGUCAACUGCAAGGAGGAAGAAGCUGCUCUCCUUACAUUCUACAAGAUGUUGUGCCAAGAUAUUACGCCGAGGCAGUUUGUCUACUCCAGCCUGUUUGCCAUCUGCGGGAGCAUGUCGAUGCUGGAGAUGGGUAGGCAAGUUCAUGCCCACAGCCUGAAGAACAUAACUGACAACGAUGCCGCCAUGACAAAUGCACUUUUAACCAUGUACUCUGAUUGUGGAUGCAUUGAUGAUGCAUGGAGAGUCUUCGAUUCAAACGACAUUGUAGAUGUAAUAUCCUACAAUUCCAUGAUUCUGGCUCUUGGACAGCAUGCACACCCGAAAGAAGCAGUUGAACUCUUCAAGCGGAUGAAGUUUUCUGGUUUGAUACCUGAUGAGGUUACCUUACUGAAUCUUCUUUCCGCUUUCAACCAUGCUGGUCUUGUUCAUGAAGGUUUGCAUUUAUUCAAUUCCAUGUUGGAUAUAGAAGGCAUAAAACCGACGUAUCAACAUUAUGCCUGUGUUAUUGACAUGUUGGCGCGAUCAGGAGAAAUCGAGGAAUCCAUGAAAACAAUUAAGGAAAUGCCCUUUGAAGCUGAAACACCGUUAUGGAGGAUUGUUCUUGGUGCUUGUAGCAAACAUGGUGAUAUUGAAACUGGCAUGAAGAUUGCAGAAAUGCUGUUUGAGAAGGAACCUUAUGAGCCCACAAAUUAUAUACUACUUGGUAAUAUCUACGCAAGAUUAGGAAGGUGGACAGAGACAGAAAAUAUUAGAAGUUUGAUGGAAAAGAGCGGUAUAGAUGGGGAUGAUGCCUUUAGUUGGAUUGAAAUGGGCCAAAGGACACACAGAUUUGGUGUUGAUGACCGUGCACACCCCAUCUCCGAGGAGAUAUAUAGGAAUUUGGAUAGGUUGAUGGGUAGUAUCAAGGCUGCAGGUUAUGUGCCUGAUACCAGUUUUGCCACACACAGCACAGGAAAAAACAGAAGAGAAGAAUCACUACGUUAUCACUGCGAAAAACUGGCCUUUGCUUUUGGGGAUUUGGCUUCCCCUUCUGGAGACACUCUCCGCAUCAUGAAGAACCUCCGUGUUUGUGGUGAUUGCCAUUCUGCAUACAAAUACUUCUCCCUCGUCACAGGAAGAAAAAUAGUACUGAGAGACAACCACAGGUUUCAUCAUUUUUAUAAGGGGGCUUGUUCAUGUCGUGAUUACUGGUGAUGGAUCAAUAAAUUGUUCUGUUAUACUCCAGUAAUGCAUCAUAGCAUUGGUAUAAUCAUCUAGUAUUGCCUAGCAUACAACAGAAGUGUAACAUGCCCUGAGGUUUCCUUCUACAACUAGAUUACUCAGAAGCCCCUUGACGACUCACACUUCAACACCUCUGGAGUACAUAUUUAUCCCUUUGAUCCUUUCUACAUUUGGUCAACAAUUUUUGCUGCAUAUUAAUAAUAUGUUACAUCUAUCGUUAUGAUUGCAAUUACUUGAAGAAUUGGUGAGAAAAAUUGACAAAUUAUCUUGAGAAGGUCGUGUAUACGAUAGGUCUGACAUGCUAUUGGAAAUUAUAUAAUAUCUUGGGUAUAAGCUCUUCCAAAAUUUUAGGAGAAAAUGAGAAGAAAUAUCACAAAGUAUCUGAUUAUUGACAAAACUGGAAAUCACAAUCUUUGCUGUUUCAAGGGCAACAUAAUUCUUUGCUAGAAAUGAAAGUAUGCCUAUUAAAUAUAUAUUUUUGGCUUGUUUUAUUUUAGUUUAUCACUCAAUAUGCAGUUGGCUUAUUUUUCAUUUAUGUAAGUAAUAGUCAGUUACUAGCUGAAUAGUUUACUGUGGUUUUAGGCUCUACUGUUGAGUAAUCUUGUUGCAGUGCUAGGAUUUUUUGUUUCCUGAAAAUGUCUAAAGCUCCAAGCUUUACAUCCCCAACGAUUUCUUUACACCAAGCUGUUUCAGGUCUUUUCGAGCUUGAGUCUUCCACACUGCAACAAAGAAAAUAUUCUGCAACCAUAUACAGAGUGUAAACAAUCAUUGGAAAGGAUGAGUGGAAAAGAAGAUGAACAUAUUAAAGUUUGGGAUAUGUUAGAGGCCUGGAUAUUAACAUAUAAUGGAUCUUUGAUCUAUUGGGUUCUAGAGAAAAAUUGUCUACAUUUAGUUGUUUGUAUUGGGGUGAGAAUCAUAGCCUCGUGAAAUGAUUAUUGGUGCGAGAUGUACAAGUGACGUUAAUAAUAUGCAGACAGUAAUCACAAGUUUAGAAAUAUUUCCAUUGUGAUAAUA